GGUAUUGUGAAUAUCGGGCACACUUGUGGUUACAAAUUUACACAAACUCCAUAAUGCAUGGCUGGUUAAUUCAAUCAGCACUCAUUUUAAGUGAUAUACCACCACUUUCCCCCAUUUUCUUGUAGCCUUUGCUUUUAGUCUUCUAUCAAAGGUAGGAAAACGAAGAAAGAAGUCAAUUUUUUAUUUGAAGCAUAGGAACAAGAAACAGCUUGAACAUGUGAAGAAAAAAGUGAGAUUUUUUUAUGAUCCUUUAAAAUUCCAUGAAUGCAGAUGGAUUGUGACCUACACCCAUUUUUAAACAGAACAAAAAAAAAAAACACUCUGGGGUGUGCAAAAGCAGGAUCGCCAGUAAACCAUUGCUUCCUUUAUUUGAUUUUUUAACUUAAAAAUGUCAAGUCAAGUCAAGACUGUCAAGAAAAACAGAUCUCUGUGGCAAGCUGAAUUGCUCUUUACACUGCUGAAAGACAAAUGAAAAGGGAACACCUAGAUCUUGCUGAGGCUGAGACAAAGCUCAGAGUGGUUUAACACAGUGGCUUUAGCAGCACUUUUUGCUCUUUGUAGCAAGACUCAAUGACAGGCCUGUGACCUCUAGUGUGCACAUACCUUACAAAUUAAACCAAAUUUAACCAUCCCCCAUUCUCUCACUGUGCUGGGUUUUAUAUUGUAAAGUAUUUUUCUUUAUUUGUUUAUUCAUUUAUAUUUUAUGUGUGCGUGUAGCUGUGUGUUUAAAGCUUUAUUUUACAUACUUACUAUCUUCAAAUCUCUACAGUACAAACAUUUAUCACUGUAGUGGCCGUUCUGGUCAUCAUAAAAAAAAGCACAUGCAUCUUGAAUCAUCAUCUAUAUAAGCCUGAUCAUAAUCGUGUGACAGUGAAAAUGAAGGUGUUUAUAAAGGUGUUGUCUUUACGCCCCAAAAGGACAGCAAUUAAAUACUCCUACUCAAGCACUAAUUAAUAAUACUAAUUAUAACUCAAGCUGUGAAGUACAAUUUUUACAUAUUUGUUCUUUGCUUACUUUACUGUCGUUCCAUUUUAUGUUACAUUAUAAUUCUACUACUCUACAUUUCAGAGGGACAUAUUGCACCUCUUAUUUCAUUAUAUUUAUAAUUUACCAUUUAUGUUAAAAUAGAUGUUCUGCUUCUACACGAUAUGAUGCAGUAUCCGAGUGACACUAAGUAUGUAAAACUGAAUCCAAAUAAACAUUGUGUGCAGCACUCAAAUGCUGCAGUGUAUUGAUCAGUUAUAUUUGAAAUAAUAAUAAUAAUACCGUGAAAUGAGCCAUUCUGCAGAAUGAUUAUUUUCUCAUACUUAAUGUAGGCUACGUUUUGCUGAAUGACACUUCUGUACUUUUCACUAACUGGCAACUGAACUCUGAAUUCAGGACUUCUAUUUUGCAAAAGAGUAUUUCUGCAAUUUUCUAUGUCUGUUUUCUUACUUUAGUAAAGGAUUUGAGUACUUCUUCGAACGCUGCAAAAGGACCAAAACAAAUUUCGCACUUUAUUUCAACAUCCUAUAACAUGUUAUUCCUUCUCGGUGUAUGGGAAGUGUGUAAAGAGCUGACUAAAAUGCAUGGGCUCGGGUGACAUGAAAACAUAUUCCUAAUACAGCCUCUCGCUCACAUACGUACUAAUGUAUGUCGGCGUGAUCUUAUUCCUGUCAAGUCUUUAUUAAGUAUUGCGCUUUAAUCUCCUCCCACCUGCAUGCUAAGGUUGCGCGCUCCCGGUGAGUGAGUUUUAUAGCAACUGUUGCCCAGUGAGGCAGCGCCACAGUCACCGUAGUCCUGGCGACUGUAACCCACCAACAACAACCUCUCGCUCCAUCAUUACCACCUCCUCCACCAUCCUCAUCUCAUCAACCAGUCCACAGCUCAGAAAGUGGCCUGUAUGAUACUGAAGAUAAAGGGAAGGGACAGGCUUUCCCUGGAGAGAAUCGAAGCUGUUUGGAGACCCAGCUUAAUUAACCAGGAGAGGCGCCAUGCAGACCCCUGAAGCAGGCGCUGACUCCACCUCCACUGUCCCUCUUCAGACCACCGUGCCUGUCCAGCCUACCGGCUCCACCCAGCAGGUGCCUGUACAGCAACAGGCCCAGACUGUUCAACAGGUUCAGCAUGUUUACCCAGCACAGGUGCAGUAUGUGGAGGAAAACAGUGGCGUCUACACCAAUGGAAACAUAAGAACCUACUCCUACUCAGAGCCGCAGCUGUAUAGCCAGAACAGCGGAGGAAGCUACUUUGACACGCAGGGCAGCUCAUCACAAGUGUCCACUGUGGUGACUUCUCAUGGCAUGGCCAACAACGGAGGAGGGGGCAGUGGAGGAAUGAACAUGAAUCUGGCGGGGGGUCAGGUAAUCAGCAGCAGUCCUGGGGCUUACAUCAUGGACAACGCUGGACCCCAUCCUGCCACCCAGACUGCACGAGCUUCCCCAGCUACUAUUGAAAUGGCGAUUGAGACGCUCCAAAAAUCUGAGGGUUUAUCCAGUCAGAGAAGCUCGCUGCUCAACAGCCAUCUCCAGUGGCUGUUGGACAACUACGAGACAGCAGAGGGCGUAAGUCUACCACGAUCCACCCUCUACAAUCAUUAUCUGCGCCACUGCCAGGAGCAGAAACUGGACCCUGUAAAUGCAGCCUCUUUUGGCAAACUCAUCCGCUCCAUCUUCAUGGGACUCCGUACAAGGCGCCUUGGGACAAGAGGGAACUCCAAAUAUCAUUACUAUGGUAUACGUGUGAAACCAGAUUCCCCGCUAAAUAGACUCCAAGAAGACAUGCAGUAUAUGGCCCUCAGACAGCAACCUGUUCAGCAGAAACAGAGGUUCAAGCCAGUGCAGAAGUUUGAUUCUUGCUCUGGGGAGAAUUACUCAGGUGGAGGCCAGCCACACCCUGGCGCAGCAGAGCAGACAGUCAUUGCACAGAGCCAACACCACCAGCAGUUCCUAGAUGCAUCGCGGGCACUUCCUGACUUUGUAGAGCUGGACCUGGGACAGAGCAAUACAGAGAACAUCAGUCCGGAGGAUGUGAAAGCUCUCCAGUCCCUUUACAGAGAGCACUGUGAGGCUAUCCUGGACGUGGUUGUCAACCUCCAGUUCAGUCUAAUUGAGAAGCUGUGGCAGACAUUUUGGCGUUAUUCUCCCCCUGACUCUGUAGAGGGAGCUACUGUAACAGAAAACAGCAGCGUAAGUGAGAUUGAAGCACGGCUCCCCCGUUCUCAGCUACUGGCGCUGUGCAGAAAUGAGGCCGUUCUUAAAUGGAUGAGCACCUGUGACCAUCUAAUGUACCAGGCCCUUGUGGAGAUCCUCAUUCCUGAUGUCCUGAGACCCAUUCCCAGUGCCUUGACUCAAGCCAUUCGCAAUUUUGCCAAAAGCCUGGAAGGUUGGCUCAAUAAUGCCAUGAAUGCCAUUCCACAGAGAAUGAUCCAGACAAAGAUUGCCGCUGUUAGUGCCUUUGCGCAAACACUGCGCAGAUACACAUCUCUGAACCACCUGGCUCAAGCGGCACGCGCUGUGUUGCAAAACACGUCUCAGAUCAACCAGAUGCUGAGUGAUCUCAACCGUGUUGACUUUGCCAACGUGCAGGAGCAGGCAUCGUGGGUGUGCCAAUGUGAGGAGGGAGUUGUUCAGCACUUGGAGCAGGACUUCAAGGCCACACUACAGCAGCAAAGUUCUCUGGAACAGUGGGCAGCCUGGCUGGAAAACGUGGUCACUCAGGUGCUCAAGCCUUACGAGCACCGGCCCAGCUUUCCCAGGGCAGCCCGACAGUUCCUGCUCAAGUGGUCCUUCUACAGUUCUAUGGUAAUCAGGGACCUGACUCUGCGCAGUGCUGCCAGCUUUGGUUCCUUCCACCUGAUUCGUCUGCUGUAUGAUGAGUACAUGUUUUAUCUAGUGGAGCAUCGUGUGGCCCAGGCUACUGGAGAGACACCUAUUGGUGUCAUGGGAGAGUUCGACAGCCUCAACACCCUGUCCCUAACUAACAUUGAUAAAGAUGAAACUAGCGGGAUGGACAGUGACUUAGAGGAGGACACGGAGGAGUCUGGGGAACCGGUUGCCAAGCGAGAGAAAUCGGAGCAUGAGGUGAUCCAGGUUAUCCAGGUCGGAGCAUUAGAGGACGGGUCCCACCCUGUGGUGGGGGUCGUCCAGCCAGGUGUUCUCCACUCACUCCCCCAGCCCCCACAGGACCACACUGAGCACAUACUAACCCCCUCUGUUGGUACUCCCACCAUCCGCCACUGCAGCGCCACAGGCAACACCUACGCCUCCGUUUGAGUGUCUGAGGGCACGGCUGACCUUGUCUGGCCUAUUUUUGCUAUCUCGCUCUCCACAUAUCUUUCUCUCUGUAAGUCUAGAUGUUUCCGUCUUUUUCAUGCAUUGUCUCCGUCUGCACUUGUGUGGACACGCUCACCUCUCCGGAUCUAGCUCAGUCAGUGGGAGAGUGCUGAAAUAACGAUACUCUGGCCAACGUGCUGUUCGUGUCUUAGAUUCUGGAUGUGUCGUCAACCCCUAGGUCUGUGCUCUUAUCACGAUGCAGCAGGUGGAGGAGAAGGACCAAUUUGACCCGUUGAUACGUUUCCUGCCCAGGCGUGACUUGACGCCUCUGUCUGUCUGUACAGACAUGUUUUAUCAUGAAGGAAAGUUAAACUUUUUCAAACUACUGAUGUCUCAGAGCUCAAAUCCAUGUCACUAGUCCCAAUGGAGCAAAGUCAUCUAUUAACUCAAGACCUUCGCCUAUUGUAAAUAAUUUUGCUGUACUUUCAAUUGGUAUUACCCAAAACUCAUGGUGCUAUCAUUGUUUGUUUUUGUUUUAAUUUCCACGUAUUCCUCCCGAUUUUAUUGUGGCUUAUGUCAACAUGCAUUCCAACUGCUGAUUAACGUUUGGCUGAACAAAAUAUUUUUCAAUAUGUAGCUAAAAAAACAAACAAACAAAAAAAAAACAACAAAGGGAUGAUUUUCUAUGUAUGUCCUAUAUAUACUAUCUAAAAGAGGAUCAUGGGCCAGUUUUUUUCUGUUCUGUUUGAAAAUUAUAUGGUAGCCACUUACUGAUAACCACGUAUAGAUUUUAGCCACAAAAAAAGAAACCCCUAAAGAAAUACCUAUGCUGCUACUUGUGUGUAUAUAAAAAUGAGAUUGAGAAGACUGGCUGUACAAAAACCAUUUCCUCAGUGCUAGCUUUUCUAUGCACUCCUGUGCAUAACGCUUUAGAUGCUCUGUAGUGCCGUUUAUAUGACGAGCUGUAAUCUUGAAAACAACUUACUGGACAUGUUCCCCUGUUUUUUGCAGUUUCUGUCUUAAUGAAAUUUCUUAAGUUCACGAAGGACCAAAACCAAACCAACAAGAGGAAGCUAAGAGUGAGCCAUCUGGGCCACCCGAGAGCUGCUUCCUGUCCCACAGUGCCAUGUUGCAGAGCAGAAGGAAUGUCAGGGAUUUAAUGUACCUCGGCUUUAUCAUAGUGCCUUAUCCUUAAAUGCAGCUGUCCUUGUAGUCCUGACUGUGUGCUGUAGAGAGCCCACAGCCCCUCUGCAUCAUCCCAGCCACAGAUUUGGCUUUCUGGUGACUCGUGGCUGGAUUUGGGCUGGCUCAUCAGUGUUGAGACCAAGGGAUGCAGGCACAGACACACCCGUCGUUUUCUCUGGAUCAGCUCUGUCAAGCUUAUUAACUAUCUGAAUCGUGGUCUUUAGCCUUGCGUCUGCCCUCACUCUGCCCUCUUGAGGCCUAUUCUUGCAUUAGCCUUUGUUAUCGGGUGAAGUGUGAGUGUGUGUUUGUUUGUUUGUGUGCUUGCGUGUAUGUGUGAGGCAACACGGAUGCAUAGGUCCGCACUGUGUUUUUAUGUGCAUGUGUACAAGUGUAUAUAAGCCGGUGCGUCUGCAUGUUUGCGUGUAUGUGUUGGAACACAUCCAUCAGUCACCCUACCUCAAACCAGUGGUGCCAGCCCUUUGACGCGUGCAGCACAGUCACCAAACCUUAUUGCACACACACACCACUGUACUGCACAAAUCUCAACGCGAUAGAGAAAAACUGCAUUGCUUUUCUCUCACCUCUGAUACGUUUUCACUUCAGUUUUUAGCCCGUAAAAUGCUUUCAUCCUUUGUUCCCUGUUUAAAGAUCAUCUUUGUACAGCGGACCAAAAGUAGAUAUUUUGUGAUAUUCAAAGAGAUAUAUAGAUAUAUAUGUAUAGUAUAUAUAAUGAUGAUACACUACUUAUAUUUGUUGCUUUUUAUGUGAUUGAUCUGAUUGUUUAUAUGUGAUUGUUUCUUUUGGUAGCUCCUCUGUAAUUAGUUCAUAGACUGUGAAAUGGGAAAGGCAUGGGAUUAACUUCUGAUUCAUUAGACUGCAUCUAUACUUGAACUGUUAUAGCCUUCUAUGUCGUGGAGAAUAUUGAGAUUAAUCCUCUAAAUAGGAACAUUUUGUUAAAAAUUUUUUUCAUUACCUUUUUCAUGCUCGUUGAAAUGGUCUGAACCAUUUCUCUGCAGAAAUGUUUAUUUAUUGAUAUUUAUUGUGAGGUUUUACGUUUGUUUUGUAUUUUGAUCCAUCACAACAUAUUGAAAUGGGUAUUGUUAAUGAAUUAUACCACUACAAACAACAGACCUACUGUACAGGAGGACCAACUUUUCUUGUUUUGUUUGUUUUUUCUUUUUAAGUCUUAUAUGGGGUGGGGGGGGGGCAUUGUAUUUGCUGUAUUCACAAUUGUUUAGGUUCUAUCAGUACUCAAAGAAAUCCUUUAAAUAGUGAGCAGAAUCUUUGACAUUUGCAUUGAUUGUGCCUGUGUACAAAACAUGUGAAGGAGAGUGGGGGAAGUGCAAAUCCUGCACAUCAUUUACCUUACUGGGUCAUAGGACUUCUCAUAUGCGUUUUGUUAUGUCCGUCAAAACCAGAGAAUCGAAAAAGUCUAUUCUGGCAUCGCUGGAGACACAUUUCUCGUCGUUUAAACUCACGGUACACAUCUCAUACUGUAGCCUUACCCUCAUCCUGCUGGCUUGAAAUAUCUGGCCUACCACAUCAAGGCAUGAAGUGCACACAAAUCUGGCUUUCUUCAUUUUGUUGCUUGAGGACAGUUAGACAAGCCUGCAACAAAAGGUCAAUGAACUUUAAGUAGCUGGAAGUUGAAAGCCGGAGGCAUUUUACGUCAGUCUGUGACCAUAAUCAACUCGCAUGAUAGAUGCUCCAUGGCUCUUGGUAUUGAACAAUUUGAAUAUAAGUUGUAAGAACACUGAGAAAGUAAUGAAAACAUCCAAUGAAAAAACGAGUUUACAAAAAUCCAGAUCGUCUCUUAUACUUUCUCCAGACCUGCAUAUAAAUCUGUGUUCUCAUCAUAAAUACCUCUCGCUCAAUAGCUCAUUUAACUGACGCCACCACUCACUGAAGUUUUGAGAUUGAACUGUGAAAAGUGUUGGGGUUUUGUCUUUGACUUUAAAAUUUGAAAUCGUGUGUACCAGUUAGGAAUGAAGGUUUUGUGCGAUAUUUUUUCUUCCCCACUGCUUUUUUUUUUUUUUUUUCACCCUUUGUUUCACUGAAUUACUUUUAUAACAUAAACCUCAGCUCCCUUGUCAUAUAACUUUGUAGAUGUAAACUUUCAUUAUUUUUGUGCCUGAAGUGAAAAUGGCUUAUAAAUUUUUUGUUUGUUUAAAUCUUAAACUUGUGCUUUAGGGUCAUAAGUGCUUUCUGGUUUUGCACGCCUACCAUGUGCUGCUAGAAAUCGUUUUUGUCUUUGUCCCCCCCCCCCUUUUACAUUUCUUUACAUUAAGCGUAUGUGCCAGGUAGUGAUGUAACUUUCUGCAACUCAAAGUUUGCCUGGUCAACACUGGACUGAUGCUAAUGCUGCCAACACAAUUGUACUUUAUUUCUCUGUGUCUUUUAAAUUGAGAAGUAAGAUUGUUUUGUUUUGUUUGUUUGUUUUUUGUUUAAACAGCUGUUUGCAAAUGAGCCCGUUUCCAACCAGAAAAUGGUUAUUACAGAAGAAAAAAGAAAAAGACAUAAGCUAUUCCUUAACUUGUCAUAGGAGCAGAAGCUAAGAGAUGUCUCUUCACCUGGACAAAAUGGCAGCUUCACUGACCCAUAGCAGACUCCAGUGCCUUUAAUUUCACCCCGGCCAGAGCAGAUGGCCUGGGUGACUAUUGGGUCUCUGGUGGGCUCCAGAUCGAGGCUAUCAGAGCAGACAUUUUAUUGCACAGGUGCUGCCACUGAGAAGACACCAGGGUUGAGGAAGCAUAAAGACCUGUCCUCAAACCGGACUAUUAAUUAUUUACUGGAUGUGACGCCACACACACACACACACACACACACACACACACGCUCUCAUAUUUCGUAGUUUACACAUGCUAGACGACCUGCAGACGGCUUUUUAUUGUAUAGAACUGGUUAAUGAACAAGGAGAGUUACUGUAAGUGAAAACACUCUCUUCUGACUUUUCUCAUGAUCGUGAUUUCUUUUUGUCAAAUGAUAUUUUCUGAAUGCUGUGACCUGUUUGAGAUUUGUAUUUGGAUGUUUUCAAGUGCCAUUUGACAGUCUAGUGAGUCGUGGCCAUCUGUAGCACGCUCUAAUGCAAGCACAAGCAUUUGGCAGUGGCAUUUGGGGAAGGUUUUUUUUUUUUUUUUUUUUUUUUCUUUUGAUUCACCCAAGACAAAAAUAUGUAUAUAUAUCAAAAAAAACUGAAAAAGUAUAUUUAUUUGUGUCCUAAUUAUUUGAUUUGUUCUUUUGGUGAACAUUUUAUCAGAUAUGUUGGCUAAAGUGCUUUUGUGAUUUCUUUUUCCUCUUUUUUGGAUAAUGUAAUGUAUCUGAUAUAAUAUAUACACACUAAUUUCAUGUGACUUUCUUUUUGUGUGCCAUUAAGUUUUCUUCUCAAAUUGGCAAGCAAACCAAUGCGUGUAGGGUGAUUUGUAUUGUGUAUUUUACAUAAAAAACAAGGACAAUUGGGGGACUUUUAUAUUUAUAAAGACAUUAUCAUUUAGUGUGUCGUAUUGAUGAAUAUAGAAACUAUUAAAGACACAUGUAGUUUGGUUUUCUGAAUAUUUCAGAUCUCAGCUCAGGCUAGCUUCUUAGUGUUGUUUUCUUAAAAUUUGUGACUUGUCUUUGCAGUAAUAAACGUUUUCUUGUUGAAAGUCA